UAGUGAGAGUAUCGCGCUCCGUUCCGCACGCGGGCAUUUGACUGGAAGUGGUGUUCUCUGAGGACUUAGGUAGUGGACUUGAAUUGACUUCUGUGAAUCAAAGACCGUGAGAUUACGAGCAAGUCUGGAUUCAUUCUAGUGUUUUAUGGGGAUCGCGCAGUUAUGGAUAGCGGGCGGUCGGCAGGCGCGGGCAUGGGUGGUCCUCGCGGGCUGGUCGCGGGCGUGAAGGCGGCCUUCCGGUCACGCUCUCGCUCCGAGAAAUCCAGAUCUCGUUCGCGCUCCAGAUGUGAGAACAGUAAAACAGAUGACCACGAUGAGGUUCGCCCCGGCAAGGGCGAGCGUGCCCCGCGGUCGCCCUUCCUGGGGUGGGCGCGGUCACGCCACAAGGAGCAGCCCAAGGCGAAAGAGGCGGCGAAGGCCAAGGAGGUCGCAGGCGGCGCCACGGAAGCCAGCGGCCCUUGCUCCCUCCUCCAGGCAGAGCGACUGAGCCUCCAUUCGUCGGAGGAUUACUGGCACACCUCCGAGGACUUGCGCGACAUCCGGCGCGGGACGUACACGAGUUUCAGGAGUGACUUUUACGACAGUAAGUACGCGGGUGAAAAAGAAAACGAAAAAACCCUGGACCGACUGAGGUUGCUGGUCGACGACGGCGCUGCCACUCGGCUGCAGGACUCGAGGGAAAGGACUGGUCGCCUGGGCAGGUACGUCAACCUCCCCGUCCACUGCGCCGGUGUCGCUGGCCAAGUGCCGGGCGAGAGCAGUGCCAGGGCGGGCGCUGGCGGGUUGGCCCUCGGCGUGAAUGCGAGCAAUCACCGGGUGGCCUCGUGCGGGGUGGCGGCGGCCCUCGAGUCUCAGGGCCCUGUGUGUGCGAGUGACGCGGGCGAGAGGGGGGGCGUGGAGGGGGAGACGGAACUGGAGGGGGAAGUGAGGGUGCAGGGAGAUGGCAGUGACAUGCGUGAGGACGAACACGUUGAAGUGAAAAGUGAGAAACAGUUGAGGUUCGACACUUCGACCAUUAAGAGAUACUAUGACAAAGAGAAGACCCCUGAAGCUGUGAGAGGUUCGUGGUUAAAGUCAGCCUUAAGUUAUAACUUGGAAGUGCCAGAAUCUCCCAGGAACGAAGUGAUCGUGUUAGCUCUAGGUAUCGACCAGUACAUAGAAGAAGUGUUCAGGUUCUUGGAUCGCUCAGGGUCAGGCAGGGUGGGUAUCGAGGACUUUCAUGCCCUGUGCCAGGUCCUCGGACUAGCUGAGAGCGAAGGGUUGCCGAGGAAAGGUCAGCAAAGGUGUCAGUGUCUCGGGUCGAAGCUGACACUUAAUGGCAGCCUCGAUAAUUCCUUACUAAACAACGAAGUGCCGGGCGAUAAAGUGUGUCCCAUCCAUCUCAACUUCAGCGAAUUCCACGACCGGCUGUGCGAGUGUUUCGUGAAGGGGGCGCAGACGGAGACCCUCUCUCCGCUCGCGUCUCGGCGCCCUUGCAACCCGCGCCUCGUGACGUCGGUGGUGCACAUUCAACGGCGGUAUGACAUCCUCGAGAAGAUCUCCAAGUCCAUCGCUGAAAUAAACUCGGAGUUGGAAGGCGACGCCAAGAGGCCGCCGGCAGAGUGUCCGACGGCGGCGUCCGCCUGCUGCACCUCGCGGCAGCCCGCCCACGUCGAUCGGAACUCCAACAUCUCUCCUCAGCCGUCGUAUUCCGAGACUUGUCUCCUGAAGCGACAGGUGCUUUUGCAACAACAGGAACUUCAGUGCCUUCGUGAGGUCAUUGAGGACAUGCGUGUCGCUCUCCAGAAUUCCGACGCCGAAAACUUGUCGCUCCAAGUGCAGAUGGCGAGAAGUUCCGCCCCCUCCCGCCGCGGGUCGGAGCACGACUUGUGCCUCACCGACGAGGAGGACACAAUCGACGACUUGGUGAGGCAACUGACGGAGCUGAGUCGCCCAAGGAACGACCUCUCUUCGAUUCCCGUCGCAGAGGUCGCUCCUCAGCCACAGGAAGCACCGAAGGAGGCGCCACAGGAGGCGCUGCAGGCCGAUGAUCCCAAGUGCAAAAUGGAAGCGCAGGAGACUGCUUCGCGCCUUCCGGAGCCUCCCGGUUCUCCAAAGGACGCCCACAACACUGCCUUCGUGUCCGGUGACCUGUCUUUGGAGGCUGAGCUUCAGGCCACGUAUGAAGCCUUGCAGGCGGCGCGGGAGGAGCAGGAGGCGACGCAGGCCGACCUCCAGCGGACGGUCAGCGAGCUGCAGCAACGGGAGGCGGACCUGAAGGGGGCCGAGCUCAGUCUGCAGGCCUCGUACACCGCCCUCGAAAAGGUGCAGUACGACAGCCACGCCCUCGUGAUGGAGGUCGCGGAAACCAGGAGUCUACUGGAGGACACCAAGGAGAGGCUCGCCGGGGCGCUGGAGGAGCUGGCGCAGGCGAAGAGCACCAUGCAGGAGCAAGAGGCGCAGCUGACGUGUGCCAAGGAGAGCCUGGAGGUCCUUCAGAACUCAAGACACCGCGUUGUGAAGGAGGUUUCGUCGGCGAGGAACCUGGUGGCAGGGAGCAUGGAACAGGUGCGGGCUGGAGAACACGCCCUCGCCGCCCUCGCCUCAAUGCACGCCCAUUCCCCGCCCAUCGGCAGUACGAGGUAGGGUUUGUUUGGACGUGCUGUGAUCGCCUGGAGAUUCUGGUAUUGUCAUGAUUUAAUUGGAUUUUGUGCUUGCGUGUGAGUUUGGUGGUUGGGUCUUUUUGUUUAUUUAUUUUUUC